GCUGGUCUGCCAUGGUGAACCAGGUAAACGACUACAUCAAGUCAUUGAACUGGGGGACCAAGACGGACCUGCGCUCCAAGAAUAUCAAGUACUACAACUCCUUUGCAACCUUCAAAGAUGCGCACACCAUCUCCUUGGACAACGGCAAGGGGAAGAAGGAGGAGGUAUCUGCCAAGUACAUCCUCAUAGCAUGUGGCGGCCGGCCAGCUUACGGCGAUGUCCCGGGCGUCAAGGACCCGACAUGCUAG